CGGCGAGCGCCACUUGCGCCUACCGCUGUGAUCAACGACCGUAUAUCGUCAAGCCCGCCGCCGCCCGCCCUCAAGAUGGUCAAGGUUUACAAGCCCGGAAAGGUCGCGAUUGUCCUGCGCGGACGCCAGGCCGGCAAGAAGGUCAUUGUCAUCAAGCAGGUGGAUGAGGGCACCAAGGACAGGCCGUACCCCCACGCGAUCGUUGCCGGCAUCGAGCGCUACCCGUUGAAGAUCACAAGACGGAUGGGCCAGAAGAAGCUCGCGCGCCGGAGCAAGGUCAAGCCCUUCAUCAAGGUCGUCAACUACUCCCACCUCUUCCCGACCCGUUACGCUUUCGAGCUCGAGGGCUUGAAGGGUGCCGUCGCGUCGGACACCUUCAAGGAGCCGACACAGCGGGAGGACGCGAAGAAGAACAUCAAAAAGUUGCUCGAGGACCGCUACCAGACGGGCAAGAACAAGUGGUUCUUCCAGCCCCUCCGGUUCUGAUCGGUGUACAUCUGUCGGUCUCUUCUUCAUAUAUAUCGACAUGCCCUCCCCAUCGUACAAAACCACUGUAUGACCUAUGAUACUCAUAUGCCGCGCAUGCACGCCUUUCAGGGCAGUCUGGAUCUUUCAAGGCGAUUUCUAUUCCUGGGUAUGUCUGAUUUGGUGCUUCUGGUCAUUUGUCCCUCGGCGCGACUGGGUUGGCCGCAGCACGGUCUUAUCUGCGAGACCGCUAGCCCAAGACGACCUCCUUCAACUGCCGCGUGCCCCUCGUCGUACGCGUUGACGAGCGUCGUCAUGCGCUUUGAGGACAUGCUGUAAUGAGAUCUUCACUAUUGUAGAGGUCCACACUCCAGAUUCCUGC